CUCUACACAACUGGAUUAGCUGGUCCGCUGCCAUUGGCACAUGCGAUUUUACGCCAAGGCAAAAUCAAAUAAUUUUCAUGUUUUGUUCUUAUAUUUGUUAUUGUUUAUUGAUUAACGUCUCGUGUUGCUUGUCUCUGUUACAUUUUAAUCUGCCUACACAGCGGCAGACGGCCCGUCAUAUGUCGGAUUCCUACAGUUUCUCUUCCGAGUACCUACAAUUAUUAUGACAAUUUAUGUUUAAAAAUAUCAUUCCAAUCUAAUCGAAUUCAACGUUUAAAUACGAUACGUUCUGCAAUAAUUAAAUUUUUGCUGCUGGCGAAUGAUGUUACUGAAUACUACCGGGUUUUCUUCACGGUUAUUAUUUUCGUUCUUUAGAAGAUAAUAAUUAAUGAGAGUAAUGACAAUUGACCCAAAAUAAAUAUAAUAAUAAUGCACGUUAGAAGUACCAAUAGAUUGACUCGUUAUUAUAAAUUUAUUUAGUCGUAUACUGUACGAGUAAAUGUUUUGGCAAUAUUUUCUAUAAUAUUGCUGUACUUGAACCAUGGUGGAAGACAAAAUUUUGUACACUUUCAGAGGAUGGUUAGCCUUUGUUGCAUUCAUGGACCUUGGUGUAACAUUCAGAUCAUUUUUUGAGAACAAAUGUAUUAUGGGAACACAAUCAAAUUUACAAGCCGAUGAAAAUUUUAUACAUGAGGAUUCAACUUUACCAAGAGUAUUGGGAAUGUUUUCACUCCUUAAAGCUUUAUGUUUGAUACAUUGCUCAUUAUUUAUUCAUUAUAAGCCAAUGGUCAGUAUUGGAGCGAUGUCAAUGGUAUUAUCCAUUGUACUGUAUCUUAGUGAAGCAAUACAUUAUCGUUCAACAACUUUGAAUUUUUUUAUUGUUUUUCCUUGCAUUUUAAAUGGUUUAACACUGAUUGGUUUGUAUUUGAUUGUACGCAAGAUAAAUAAGCCACCAACUGAAUGUGUCGAAGAAAAUGUUGAAAUGUUAAUGAGUAAACUUAAAUAUCAAAAAAAUAAGAAAUAUAUUUGUAAAAAAAAUACGUAAGGCUACAUAGAAUAUAAUAUAAACCAAUUGAGUUUUAUAGAUCAAACAUUCAA